AGUAAUUAGAGUUACUUCUGCUUCCUCUCCCCCUCUUAUAUAACAAGCAAACCAUUGCAGCUACCACUGAGAGUCUCCAUCUCCCUCUUCUCCCUCCUUCUUCCCGAUUCUCAUCUCUCCUACAGGAGAAAUCCCUAAGCCCUUGAUUCCACCCGUCUCGUUCUUCCCAUAGCUCGGUUUCUUGCCCCUCCCCUGUUUUCAACCAAUUCAUUCAUUACCAUCAAGCAAACACAAGCAGAGUGCACCUCAAGUAAGUGCACCACUUCGGUUUUGUUGUUCCCUAUAUCGAUUCACGAACUGGCUCUGAUUCCAGAUCUGUAAGAAAUCAGAGAAAAGAAGUUUUGAAACGAAGUGAUCAAGAAUGGAGCCGCUGAAGCAGGCGGAGGAGGCGAUCGUUGCAAGCAGGAGCGAAACAGAACUUGUCGCUAUGGGGAAAGGCGAUGAUGAGGAAGGAAGCAUCCGGGAUGACCAGGCCGUGUUCAAUAUGAAGAGUAUGCUCUGGCAUGGGGGCUCAGUCUACGACGCCUGGUUUAGCUGCGCAUCAAACCAAGUGGCUCAGGUUCUACUUACCCUGCCAUACUCGUUCUCCCAGAUGGGAAUGGCGUCGGGUCUUGUACUUCAGAUCUUCUAUGGCUUGAUGGGUAGCUGGACUGCCUAUCUCAUCAGCGUGCUGUAUCUUGAAUAUCGAACGCGCAAGGAGAAGGAGAACGUCAGUUUCAAGAAUCAUGUUAUUCAGUGGUUUGAGGUGCUGGAUGGGCUGCUCGGGCCCUACUGGAAGGCCAUCGGUCUUGCUUUCAACUGUACCUUCCUCCUCUUCGGCUCUGUCAUCCAGCUUAUUGGCUGUGCCAGCAACAUAUAUUACAUAAAUGAUCGGUUAGAUAAAAGAACAUGGACGUACAUAUUCGGCGCCUGCUGUGCCACAACGGUGUUUAUCCCCUCAUUCCAUAACUACAGAAUCUGGUCCUUCCUCGGCCUCGGCAUGACCACCUACACCGCCUGGUUCCUCACCAUCGCUGCCUUCGUCCAUGGCCAAGAGCCCGGAGUUGCCCACAGCGGGCCGAAGAAGAUGGUUCUCUACUUCACCGGCGCCACCAACAUCCUAUACACCUUCGGGGGCCACGCCGUCACCGUGGAGAUCAUGCACGCCAUGUGGAAGCCACAAAAGUUCAAAUACAUCUACUUGCUUGCUACGUUAUAUGUGUUCACACUCACACUCCCAUCAGCGGCAGCCAUGUAUUGGGCGUUUGGCGAUCGGCUGCUCGACCACGCCAACGCCUUCUCGCUUCUGCCCAAAACGGGAUGGCGCGAUGGGGCUGUGGUUCUGAUGUUGAUUCACCAGUUCAUCACCUUCGGCUUCGCUUGUACGCCACUCUACUUUGUUUGGGAGAAGGUGAUAGGCAUGCAUGAUACUAGGAGCAUUGCACUUCGCGCCCUUGCUCGCUUACCGGUCGUCAUUCCGGUGUGGUUUCUUGCCAUCAUCUUCCCAUUCUUUGGCCCCAUCAACUCUGCUGUUGGAGCGUUACUUGUCAGUUUUACUGUCUAUAUCAUCCCUUGCCUAGCUCACAUGAUCACCUAUCGCCAUGCUUCUUCUCGCAAGAAUGCAGCAGAUAAGCCGCCGUUCUUCCUGCCGAGCUGGACCGGGAUGUAUGCGGUUAAUCUAUUUGUGGUGGUGUGGGUGUUGGUGGUUGGGUUUGGGUUUGGUGGCUGGGCUAGCAUCACUAACUUCAUCAGACAGAUAGACUCUUUCGGUCUAUUCGCCAAGUGUUAUCAAUGCACAAAGCCGCCCACCUCUACGCCGCCAUCGCCUAGCCACCACUGAUCGCCAUCUUCUAAUGACCAUUUCUUCGAACACGGGUGGCCCUGUUGACCUCACAGGAUCAGCCUCUCUGAGCCACAAUUUGUGCUACUGAGUGUGAAUUAUAAAGUUUAGAUUGUCUAUUGGGUGAUUGUGUAUGAAAUCAUGCUUGGUUUGCCAAUAUGUAAUGUUCUUUAAUAUUAAAGCGAAAUGAUCAAAGAAGCAUUGAAUCUGUUGAUUCUGUAGUCUCUUCAUUUCUUUAAGGCAUUGACAUGUUACCUCGUA